GUUUGUCUUUAAACUGUGUUUCCUUUUAAACACUAAGUUGUUGUGGUUGUGAAGCUCGCAAGACUCCAGUUAUCCUUUGUGAUUUUUCUACACUCCUGAUAUCUACUUACUCCGCUACUGGACCUGACUCUUACACCGACUCUACAGCAGUGAGGAUGAACUUCGAAGAAGAAACCGCGCUUCAGCAGCACCAGGAUGUGGAGCCCGAGCCCGGAUGGAGCGGACUGGACGACCCCUGGAACGGGACACAGAGGGAGACGUUUGUGUUUCCGGAGGAUGAGGACGAUGAAAACUGGCCUGUGCUAUGCCUCUCUCCUGUUUGGAUGCCAACACCUGUGGGGAGCCCAUUCCCACCUAUGAGAGGUCUCUCUCCUUUAUGCACCCCACCACCUGUGAGGAGUCCAUCCCCACCUAUGAGAGGUCUCUCUCCUUUAUGCACCCUACCACCUGUGAGGAGUCCAUCCCCACCUAUGAGAGGUCUCUCUCCUUUAUGCACCCUACCACCUCUGAGGAGUCCAUCCCCACCUAUGAGAGGCCUCUCUCCGUUAUGCACCCCACCACCUGUGAGGAGUCCAUCCCCACCGAUGAGAGGCCUCUCUCCUUUAUUGACCCCACCACCUGUGAGGAUCCCAUCCCCACCUAUGAGAGGCCUCUCUCCUUUAUGCACCCCACCACCUGUGAGGAUCCCAUCCCCACCGAUGAGAGGUCUCUCUCCUUUAUGGACUCUACCACCUGUGAGGAUCCCAUCCCCACCUAUGAGAGGUCUCCCUCCUUUAUUGACCCCACCACCUGUGGGGAGCCCAUCCCCACCUAUGAGAGGCCUCUCUCCUGUAUGGAUCCCACCACCUGUGGGGAGCCUUUCUCCUAUGUGGAUCCCACCACCUGUAUGGAUCCCACCACCUGUGGGGAGCCCAUCCCAACCUAUGAGAGGCCUCUCUCCUUUAUGGAUCCCACCACCUGUAUGGAUCCCACCACCUGUGGGGACCCCAUCCCAACCUAUGAGAGGCCUCUCUCCUUUAUGGAUCCCACCACCUGUGGGGAGCACAUCCCAACCUAUGAGAGGCCUCUCUCCUGUAUGGAGGAGACCAUCCCCUCGCACUAACCCUUCCUCUGUGAUGAGUACAUACCCACUAACGCUACCAUCCCCAUUGAGGAGGCCAUCACCUUCAGGGAAUCCACAACGUUCCACAGUUCCUCUGCCCCAGCCUCAUGUCCAGAUUAACCCGCACCACAUCGUGGCUGGUCAGCUGUAUGUUCCUGUCCCAUGCCAGGGCAUAAGGAGGAGGAGGGACGAAGAGGACGGCAAUGAAGAAGCCCCUCCGAGUAGACGGCAGCAUGUGGAUCAGGAUGGGUAGCUGGAUUUCAUCAGGAGGAUCGUCCGAUUCCCCGUUCACUGGGUUUCUGUUUUCAUGGGAGAGCUGUAAGUUCCAAAGCUUAGUCAUCACCUCAUGUUCAUCACCUCAUAUCCAUGAUGUAUGGUAAGUAUCUGUGGUAAGUAUGUAUGGUAAGUAUUUUACCCCUAGAUUUCAGCAUUAGUCUUUUUUUAAUAAUUAAAAAAUUAAUUAAUUAUUUCAGCCUUUUAAACACGUGGGGUGGCGAGAAUCCGCUUGAUACCUUCUCGUCUGUUUCCCAAAAUUUUCAGUAGACCCAAGAGCCCAGUGUUCAUGCUCAGGCCUCUUCUGUAGUUUUUUUAAGAACAGCUCUUAUGAGCUCAUAGCCCAUAGUUCGUAGCUACAUCAUUCGGUCACGUUAUGAAUCUCGGUGUGAUUGCGCAGGCAUCCAGAGGAUUCUUACCACCAUCUCUAGCAUACUCUCUAAAUGUAAAUCAUUUUAAUGAUAUGAUUGUGCUAUGAUUAAAGUAGUUAUCACAUCUACUUAAAAAUGUGAGUCUGUUGUUUCUUUUGUAUUUUGCA